AUGAUGAACAAGCAGAGAAAUUAUUUGUCACGUGUGAAGAGGGUUUUGAAGAUGACAAAGAGAAAGAGAAACAAGACCUUAUUCCAUAAGACUGACUCACUCUUAGCUUGCUUCAUAGCUCAUGACAUCAACUUUGUGAAUGCUGCGCCAGGACCAGAGCACGGCGUCCAGGGAGCACAAGUUGUUGCUCUGAGGCUUGAAGGAGACCAAGCAGCAUUUUAUGGUUGCGGCUUUUACAGUGUACAUGAGACGCUCCUUGACAGCGCUGGAAGACACUUCUUCAAAGGAUGUUUCAUCCAGGAUGCAAUAGACUUUAUUUACGGUGCUGAAAGAUCUAUCGACCAUGAUUGUACGAUUAAUUCAAUAGCUAAGGAGAAUACAUCAGGGGUCAGUGGAUCUAUCACAGCACAUGGAAGACAAUCAAAAGAUGAACAAACAGGAUUCUCUUUCGUUAACUGUAAGAUAGAUGGAAGUGGGCAAGUGUGGCUUGGACGAGCUUGGGGAGCCUAUGCUACCAUAGUGUUCUCAAACACCUACAUGUCUGGAAUCAUCACUCCAAAAGGUUGGAAUGAUUGGGGCGACCCGACAAGAGAAAAGACAGUGACUUUUGGAGAGCAUAAAUGCUAUGGAGAAGGAGCAAAUUACCAAAGCAGAGUGUCAUAUGGGAAACAACUAACAGAUUCUGAACCAUCUUCAUUCACAGACGUUUCCUAUAUAGAUGGAGACCAGUGGCUAACUCAAACUGACAUACUCCCAGAGCUUAAAUAUGAAGACAACAUAUAUGAACUUAUCAGAUUUUACUAGCAUAUAUAAGGAUCAUGAUGCAUAGAUACACACCACAAAACAUUGAGAUAUAGAUUAUGUCUAUAAGAAAUCACAGUCAUAUCUAGUUUUCAAAUAAGACCAUAUUCGUAUAUUUAGUGGAUUUUCAUGUGUUUAAUAAUCUCCCUCUUUUCAUAUCUAGAUGAUUGAUGAUUUUUAAAAGAGUUUCACCAAUCUACAUAAAUAAAAGAAAUUGCGUUUGUGGCACAAAUCAUUAAGCCAUUGCUUAAUUUAGAUCACAUCUGUAUAAUUUUAAAAAAUUUGAUACUCUUCUUGCUGUAUUCAUUUACUUGGUGCAAAUACUAUUAGUAAAUAACCAGUUUUGGUACUAAAGUUUUCUUGUUAAUGAUUUGGUGCGAGUUUAUGCGCAUGGAUGCUCCUUUGAACCUCAUCAUUUGGUAGCACACCUGU